AAGUCGCCGGCCUCGUGGAGACGAAGGAGGCUGUGUUGUGCGAACGCGACCCCGAGCCGAAGUGCAGAGGCACGGAGUGGGCAGAGUCGCGGCGGGUGGUGGCGAGCGAGGGGUAGCGUGCGCCUUGCGCGCGGCGGCUUCCGAGGCGCGCCACUCGGCAGUCGCGCGCUCGCGCCUGUCGAGGCGGUUGUCAGUUUAGUGUCGCUACCACAUAAUCGUCGUUUCACAUACAAACUGGACUAUCAGAGAUAUUGGAUUUUCUUAUUGUUUUGUAGCGGUGACUGCUCAGUUCUCAAUGAGGAUUACUGUAAGGUGACGAGUGGAGAGCACAGCUGGCUACGGAGCCGUGCCGGGGUCAAGUAAAGUCGUGAAAAUUCGCGUUUGGGGGAAAGUGUUUUUCUCCGUAGCGUGUGUCGGCGCGCGGUGUACGCUCGACGGCCGAGGGUGGGUAGUGAGUGCGGGCGCCGGGAUCAGCGGCAGCCCGUGUGCGGCGGUGGUGGAUGGUGCGGCGCGGGCGGGCGCCGGGGCGCGGCCGGCAGCGCCGCUAGAGCAAAAUGUCGAUACCCCUAGGCCGGGAGACUGCGAUCCCAACACAGUGCAUGGCGCGGGCUCUAUACGAUAACAUAGCGGAGUCGCCGGAUGAGCUGGCUUUCCGGCGUGGCGAUCUGCUUACGGUACUCGAACAGAACACAAGCGAAGGAUGGUGGCUGUGCUCUUUGAGAGGACGACAAGGAAUAUGUCCAGGCAACAGACUGCGGAUAGUGGCGGGCGUGUUCGACUCGAGCGCCGCGAUGCAGAGACGGCGUACGCGCAACCCUGCGCCAGUCGCACAUCAACCUCUGCCUACGCAGCAGUCGCCGGCAUUUACAAAGAUCGAAGAGUGCUCACACUACGAUAUACCUCGAGCGCCAAUGCCAGUGCAGCGCAUUGCAAACUAUGAUUUCCCGCGACCAGCGGGUGAUUGGUACGACGCCCCCCGCGCACCUCGCCCCGCCUCGGCAGACUCUGCUUGCAGUGGCACUGGAUCCUUAGCGUCCGCGACAUCGAGUGCCUCAGCCAACUCCGGUAGCUCGGUCCAUUCAGCGGCGUCGGCGUCCAGCACUUAUGACGUACCAAGAUCACGAGCUUUACCCCUUCCUUGUGACGCCGCAUUGGAGGCAUUAGAAAGGUUACAAGAGGAAGCGUCCGCAGCAGUGUCCCGGUUACUUUCCUACGUAACGCCAGGUUGGCGACGGAGAGGAGCAUUAAGGCCACGAAUAUUGGACGUGCGCGUAGCAGGAGCGCGGCUGCGUGCUGCACUUCAUGAUUUGGCUGUAUUUGCCGACGCCACCCUGGCUAAUGCUCACGAUGCGCAAGACAAAGGUAUCGCUGUAAAGUUACGACCACUGGUGAAAGCUUUAAAAGACGCAGAACGUAUAACACAUGAAGCGACCAGCGCAUUAGACGCUGGUGAUUGGGCACCAGAGAGAUUAGAGAGAGACAGGGAACCUACCGACGGGACGCAAGAUGCGCUUGAUCAGCUCGUGGCCUGUGCACGAUCCCUAACAGAAGACGUCAGAAGAGCAGCUUCAUUUAUACAAGGAAAUGCAUCGUUAUUAUUUAGACGGUCAGCACCAGCGCCAGAACAUGAAUGGACGGAAGAGUACGAUUAUGUACGACUCGAGUCUCGGGCGGCGAUCGGCAAACGGAACGCAGAGAUCAGAGCUGCAUUGCCUGACAAAUUACGAGCUUCCUUUGAUGCACUCGUUAGAGAUGUAGAUCACGCUGGCGAAAUUAGUGCGGUGACUGCUGCGACCAAACUUCCUCCCGGUGAUCGGCAACUAACUGUAUUCUAUGCGGCGCAAGUUGCUACCUAUGGCGCUCAUCUUUCUACGGCUGUGGAAGCUUUCCUUCGCGUCAUAGAGAUGGGCCAGCCGCCUGAAGUCUUCCUUGCGCACGGCAAAUUUGUUGUGCUAAGCGCACAUAGAAUAGUUCACGUUGGAGAUACUGUUCAUAGGAGUGCACAACAUGCUGGUUUGAAAUCCAGGGCCCUUCGGUGUUCCGACGCGUUAUCCGACGCGUUAGCUGCAACUGUUGCGAAGACAAAAGCGGCAGCUCAACAGUUUCCCUGUGCCGCUGCAGUGGCUGAGAUGGCUGAGGCAGCUAGGACUUUAGCAGCGCGAGCUCAAGAUUUGCGAAGAGUUCUAGUACGUUCUGCAGAGCCCCCGUCUGUCGACACACCUCUGACACCUGCCACAGCUAUUGCCCCUUCGGUGCCUACAACACCUCUCACACCUCUAACGCCACACAACUCUGGAACACCGUCACUUGCCGCGUUGCAGAUAUAAACAUACUUCUGCGCUAGAAUUGCGCUUGAUAUCUGAAGGUUCUAAACGUUGGGUACAUUGAAAUGUUGGUGGUUGAAGAAUGAUGGUCAACGAAUUGUUACACAGAAGAAAGACUUCAAGUAGAUAUCAAAACUGAUGUGCCAUAAGUACGACCGAUUGGGCCGAUUGGGCCGACUCUAUGAUAUCUAUUUGGGAUAACACAAAUGUGCUGUAGGUGAUAAAAUUACAAAUAUGCACAACAUUCAACAACAUUAGUACUAAAAGAGCGAAUAUCUGAAAAAGGUUGCCACUUAAGUACAGUUAAAAGUUGUAAUGAUGUGCAUGAGGUGGCUAAAGUAUUAGGAUGCAGUUAAUAAUGGGUAUUUUAAGGUAGCUGUACUACCAGUAAACGCACGAAGAGCGAAAAAGCGCGCAAGUAUUACCAAAGAAACCUGAGAUAGGUCGUAUAAUACAUCAAAACGAUAAACUGCCAUUACAGUAACGAUAUUAUGAUAACCACUACUUAAAUGUUAGCAUAAAUAUAGGUACAAUUACAAUAAUAAAAUGAAGGCUGCAAUUAGGAUUUUUUUCAAAUUAUGAAAUGUAAAUUUGGCUAGUCACAGAGAGGUUGUUAAAAGAUAUCUGGAGAUGAGCCGUUAAAAGCCAAAACGUGUCACAUCACUCCAUUCUAAGUGUCCUUAACAACCUGCCCUGAACUUCCCAGACUAGAAAAGCGAGUUUUAAAUUACUGGAUGCUCAUUUGCUGUAGUGAGUUGAGUUGUCCGUCCAGUUUUAUACAAUUUUUGCAUCAAUGUCGUAACGAGUAGAAGUGUACGUGUGAUUUUACGCGA